UCAUUCACCCAUUGGAACUCUUGAACUACGAGUGGCUUGAUCCCUCUCCAAGGGUACGUAGGCAACCCAUUCAAAUAUCCGGGUGCAGCCGCAAAAACAAACACACAUCCACAAUUGGUUUCUUCAUAAAUGGAAUCAAAGGGUGUUUCCCUGUAACGAGGGAAUAUAAUUAAGAGAUACAUUCUGUCUUGAAUGGGUCGAACCCGAAAUAAUUAAAACUCUAUUCACUAAAUGAAUACGAGUGAAAUUAUGUUGGGUGACAUUUACGCUCACAGUGUGCAUAUUUUUUCCUCAACACAAAUUAUUACAACUUACUAUAUAACAAUGUUUAUUCAAGAUUUUCUUUUCAAAUAUAGUAGCUAGAUAAUUGAUAAAACAAACAUAUCCAAAAGUUUCACUUAAAAUUUCCAUAUUUUUCUUCAAAUUUUCACUAUUUUUCUCGAUUAUUUACCGAAAUCGAUAUAUCCACGAUAUUUCCAUUAAAAUUUUCAUUUUCUGGACCACCGAUAUUUCCUCGAAACCCGAUAUUUUAGUCAUUGACUGAUUCUAAUACUUGAUAUCUUAAUACAUUGAUUAGGUACAGUUUUCAAUUUGCAAAUCAUGAUCCUGAUGCAGGUUUUGUUGAUGAUUUCUGAAUCACACAACUUUUUCCAAAUAAAUUUGCAGAUGUCAGAUUUCAUUCCCAAUUAUUUAAGGACAAAUAUUCAUAGUUGGACAAAAUUUCAAAUGGUGCUACAGUCCCGGCUAUAAUUUUAUCAAGAUUCUUCACUAUGGUCAGUUCAAAGGCCAUAAAUUUCAAAAAUAAGAACAGUAAAGAUUCUCCAUUUAUGUCAUUUCAAGUAGGCCUCAUCAUAUGGCCCUUUGGCCCUAAGCUCGCCCGUUCUGUAGGGACGAAGCCCGACCCGGCCCUUAUUAGGGCGGGCCGGCCCAACCCUUUCUCAAAUAGGGUACUGUAUGGGUCAUGCAAAUAAAGUCCGACCCUACCGUACGGCCCGGCCCGAUUUAGCCCGUAAGGACUAAGCCCGGGCAGAUCCUAAAAUUUAUAUUUUAUUUUUACUAUUUUCCAAUUUUCAUCACAUUGAAAUACAAACAUAAAAUCUGUUAUAAUAGAAAUAUAAAAUUUGUACGAGGCCCAUUUUGCCUAGCCCAAGAGUCCAAGUCCAAGUCCAAUCCUAAAAAACCUAGACGACUAGAUAUCGAAGUCUACAGUCUCCUUGACCUAAACUUCUAAUCUUAACAGUAGCCAUAUGGAGAGAGAAAGAGAGAGAGGCUCGCACAGAGCUGUCGAGGGUUAGGUUGAAGAGUCAUCGAGGGUACGAUGACUGCUUGUUAAGAGAUAUUAGCCACUAAGCACGGCUGAAACACCCGAGUCGAAUCAAUCAAACGAGGCACACACUUACUCUUCUAAGCCGAGACCCCUUCUUGGCAAAGGUAUGAACAUGAGAGCCCUUUGUUGGAUGAACAUGAGAGCCCUCUGUUGGAUUAUCAGCUUCUUAAACCGGCGAUGAGGUCUGGGUCGAUAAAAUUUUGGUGCUUUGAUUAUGUCCAGUUUCUUGACAUGCAUUACAUAUUUAGCUUGCCAUGGUUUCAGUCGCUAGAAUUAUAGUUGCUUUGAUUACGUCUAGUUGCUUGAUUAUGCAUGAAUAGAGUAGCUAGAAUUAUAGAAUUUGUGGAUUUUAUGAAAUUAGAAUGAAGGACUUGAUACUAUUAUAUACUUAUUUAAUGGAAGCAAGGGAGACUAGGAAUUUGUGGGCAUUGCUUGGCAUUACUGUAGUUGACUUUUACAACUUUGAUUAGAUAGUGUUUUGGAACUUUGAUCAAAUUAGUUUACAUAUUUUAUUUUAUUGGAUCACUCAAUCUCCAGUCAACUUUGAUUACUGCAGUUUACAUAUUUUAUUGGAGAAAUUAUUGGUCACUCUCUGUACUUUUGGGGCGUCAACAGUUCAGUCCCCACUAUCGUAAUUUUAACAAAUUACUCCUCAGACAUUCAAAUUUCACACAAUGUGGUCCAAAAUUAUUAUUUUACCCUUCACUUCCUCUUCUCUCUCUCUCUCUCUCUCUCUCUCUCUCUCUCUCUCUCUCUCUCUCUCUCUCUCUCUCUCUCUCUCUCUCUCUCUCUCUCUCUCUUCGUCCGCACUGACCCCGGAAAGACCAAACCCAAGCCCUUGAGAAGAACUCAGAGCCGGCAUGCAUGUGCCUCGCAUGCACUCCACUGUCACCCACGACUCCACCCCAUCCAUCCAAUCCGUUACUGCCAAUGAAUGUAAUCAUCAACGACCCUAGCAUCAACAUCACCGCUUGAUCCGUCACCGUGCGUUGAGAGGUCGCUACGAUUGCUAAUUGGCGUAGAUGAACUGACAAUCCUUGGAGAGCGAGCUGAAAAGGUCGUUGAUGUCACUCGACGGUGCGGCGCGUCUGAGCCGGAGCCUCUCGAGGACGCGCUCCCUCAAUCAAAACCUGCAAGAACCCAUUCUCAAUCUCACUCCUCAACUCCCCCUUUGCCACUUUUCAAGCCCGGAAUAAAACGUCGCCGUAGGUCUCCAGCAUUGACUUCCUUCCAAACGGAAUCUGAGACUUAAUCACAGCUAAAACCUCCUUCAACAGUUGCGAACUCAACCCAAACAGGAAGGCCAGAAACUUCCUCCCCUCCUCUGUUUUCAAAAACAGAAGCGAAAUCAUGCACUAAAUCAGCAAGAGCUUCAAGUUUUCAAUGCUUUCAUCCUCAAAAUCGAAGCAGGUGAAAGCCUCGUGGAUGGCGUAGACUCUCUGGAUGUCUGCCUUCCUGUUGAGAGUGAGAGAUCUCGAGAGCAAGAAAGGGAGCGACUGAGAGAUUAGCGAUUCUCGGCCCAGCAACUCCUCCUUCCACCACUGCUCGCACAAAUUCGCAAUCGCCAAUACCAGCGCUAAGAGAGAAAGAUGUAGAGAGAGAUGUAAGAUUGAUCACACUGCAUAUGAGCAGAAUGAACUAGAUAUUAUAUAUUGUAUAUACAUUAGCGUAAUGUAAACAAAUUAUUUUGAUUAUAAAGUACAACUGCAGUUACUUACAUGUAUAUAUAUGUAGACUUAAUUUAGUAAUCGAAUUAAGAUAAUGUGUAAGUAUAUCUGUUUUGAAUUCAAAAUUCAAAAGGUAUGAUCAUUUGGACAAAUCUGAUUAAGACAAACAGUUACUUUGACAGUUCCUUGAUGGAAGGAACUGUCAUGUAACUGCUGCUGUCACAACAGCUUAUAUAUGUGAAGAUUUCUUUUGAUCUCUGCUAGAACACAAACACUUUCUCAUCUGGUUUUGUCCCAUCAAGCAAAAGGAGAAAUACAGUGUGCAUCUAGGAGAAGAUCAAAUGGAUUGCAACAGCAAUCAACCAACAAUGCAUUUCCCAAUGAGCAUCAAUCAAGUUGAAUUGCUUAAUGGACUGAAUUUCAAAAAGUGGAAAGGAGACAUAGAACUCAACCUGGGAAUAUUGGACUUUGAUCAUGUGCUUAGAGAAGAUCCACCUGCUGAACUAACAGCAACGUCAUCAAAGGAAGCCAAAGAUAGGUACCUGCUGUGGUACAAACACAACAGGAUGGCACUGAUUUGUAUGAAAAAGAGCAUGACUGAUGCUGUCAAAGGAGGUAUACCAGAUUCUGAAUUUGCCAAAGUGUACUUCAAUUCAAUUGCUGAGAAGUACAAGGUUUCUGACAAGGCUGAGGUUAGCACACUGAUGAACGCACUGACUGGGAUGAAAUUUACUGGACAAGGAAGCAUAAGGGAGUACAUUAUGAAAGGGAUUGAUAUUGCUGCAAAACUGAAGAGCCUGAACAUGAAUAUUGAUGAUCCUUUUCUGGUGCACAUGCUACUGAAUUCUUUCCCAGAUCAAUAUAGUCACCUAAAGAGCCUCUAUAACACACAGAAAGAAAAAUGGAGUCUUAAUGAGUUGAUUUCCAUUUGUGUGCAGGAAGAAGAUGAAAUGCUCAAAAGGGGAAAGGCAGUGAGCAUUAACUACAUUGUAAAACCAAAGAAUAAGAAAACCUUUGGCAACAAGAACUUUAAGGCCAGUUCAUCAAAAUCUGUUGUGAAGACUGAUCUGUACAAAAACAAGUCUGUCAAAACAAAUGGUCCAAUGAAAUGUUUCUUCUGCAAGAAAUCAGGUCAUUUCAAGAAGGACUGUGAGGGUUUUAAAAAUUGGCUGAACAAGAAAGGGAUUAUCAAGCAAAACAAUCCCAAACAAGAAUGAAACAAGGGUAUGCACUGCAAGUGGCCAAAGGGUGGCAGUUCAAGCAGUAGGAAGUGUCAAAUUAGUAUUUAAGAAUAAGUAUGUUCUGGUAUUCGAUAAUGUGUAUUGUAUUCCCUCAAUAAAGAGAAACCUCAUAUCUGGUUCUCAAUUUGUAAUGGAUGAUGCUUUCAGCU